AUCUGGCGUAAAAUUGUCGACCAUUUUAAACAGUAACACUUAGUGGUAGGUGUCUGUGAAUCAUUGAUUAGUGAUUAAAACAUUCGAGGAAAGCAAGACUUCUAUAAGGAUGCGCUCACUAACACAAGCACAGCGGUUCACUAUCAUUUCAUCAUUUAUGUUUUAUUUUCUGGGUGGACUAUUCACCGCAUUUUUCCUCGGAUCGGGACAGUACAGCUGAAUUUGGAUGUGAAAAACAGAGAUAUGGGCUAUUUUAUUCUGAGUGCAUCAAACCUUGCUGUGAUUGGAUUUUGUUUGAUGACUCUUGCGUUGGCAGGAAAAGGCAAAGAUGGUGAAGUUCCUAAGGAAGCGGCUGUUCUCGGAACCAUCUUCAAUAGAUUGGUAUUAGUGAACUGUUUUCUUGGCUAUUUUUAUCGAAGGAGCAUUUUAAGUGUUCGUUAUGUAGCUUUCUUUUGUAUAUUGGAUUCAUCGCUGGCGUUGAUUACUUACGCAAUAUGGAUAAAGGAACACGACAAUGGGAAUUUAUUGAAGUUUUUCGUAGAUUUAUGGAAGAUGGUAAAUCCAUAUUCUGGAAACAAAAAACGGAGAUUUUUAAUAUUUCAGGCAUUAGGCGCUUUCCAAGCAAUCAUCUGUCUUGUUGCUCCAGAUGUUUUAUUAUCAACGGACGUAGUUGCCGGCAUCAAAUUAGGAAGCCACGCUGAAGGAUGCUUUCGUGUCAUUUUUGCCAUAAUCUUUCUUCACGGAAUUAUUCAUGUAACAACAGGAGGCACUCAAAUUGUAUUCUUUCCAACUGCAUCAUUGUUUUACCGUCUUGCGUGGAAUAUUCCUGUCCUGAUCAUUUUAGGGUUCAUGUCAUUUCUUCCUUUUUCUCUCGUCAUGAUUUUGGUCAUUUACGAUUUGGCUUUCUCCGCUAUCAUUGUUUUUGCAAUUCCUGCAACAGAUCAUGGAAUGACAAAGACCAAACAAUGAUCAAUAAUGAUUAAUAGUAUAUUUUCAUUUUGAAAAAUCAAGUAAACCAUUUGAUCUAACAUAUCAAGAAUUUCAUAAAACAUAUGUGUGUAUAUGUGUUUUCUAAAAAGUAGAAAUUUUAUUUUAUUUCCAAUACGUUUCUCAUAAAAUCUAAAACAUCAAAGUUUUAUAAAGCUUUCAUGUCCAAGUCAA